AUGGCUAGUCCGGACCAGAUUGCAGCCCAAAUUUUGAGCACAAAAUCACUAUCAGUGUCUCAAAUAUGGCUCAACGCCUUUCUAUCAUCCUCCAGCACAUCACAACGCAACAUCCCCCCCUCUGCGCUCGCAAAGACCGCUAUAUUCCGCCUCCUCACCUCUGAUAUCCAAGAAUCGCUCUCUAAGCAUAGGUCAUGCGUGUUACCAGUCGAUACCCACGAUCCAAACAUCCAAGAACGACAUGUGCAGGGCUCAAUCCCCGUCCAAGUGCUAGACAUUGAAGAUAUAGGCACGAGUCUGUGGAGCCAGAUCGAGGCCAUUGAACGUGUCGAGCGUGGUGAGGCCAUCCGUGGCCGUGAGAUUGUGCGCACAAUAGCUGUAGGCGAGGAUCCCGAAGCGACGGAGAACAAUCGUGCGAAUAACAACCCGGCGAACGGCGCGGCAAGUGCGUCUGGUAACAGUGGAUAUGGACCGCAUCGUUUGAUUCUUCAGGAUGCAGCAGGGAAUAUGGCUGUGGCAAUUGAAAUGCAGCGUAUCAACGGGAUAUCAUUGGAGAAACUUGCUAUUGGGGCGAAGCUCUUGCUCCGAAAUCCGACGAUUGCACGAGGUAUGAUCUUGCUUUCUCCUACGUCUGUUACGGUGCUCGGAGGCAAGAUUGAGGUCUUGGACAAACCGUGGAAGGAGGGUAGGAAGGCUAGGUUACUAGAGAAGACUGCGGGAAUCGAGGGAGCAUGA